GGAGGGAGGGAGGCCUCGGAGGCCCUGGAACGAAGAGGAAGAAGCGAGCGGAGCGCACCUCCGGUCACAGGAAAAAAGCAGGCCCAGGCGCUCUCUCCUUCUCCUUUUGUCGUGGAUUUGAAUCCGCCCGGGCGUCUUCGAGACCGGAUCUGGUGUUGCGACUCAUCUCGGCAACUUCGUAGCGUGAAUUCAUGUGUUUGUUAAGCGUUUCGGACGAAGAAUUCGAUUCGACCGAUCGAUUGAUCUCGUCGCUCGAUAGUUUGAAGCAGGAGGAGGAGAAACAGAGAGAGGGAGCGAGAAGACGUUGAUGAAUUGGUAGCAGAGGAAGAGGUGUCAAUUUUACAUUUGUAAAUUUAGAGUGGUAUGGGUUCGAGAAGGGCGUCAGAUGGGUAUCAGCGGGUUGAACAAGUGGAUGACGAUUUGGAAAGUAGGACUGAUGGUGGAAAUAGAGCAGAAUUGAGUUUGAGUUCAGUGGGAGGUGAGGAUGGUGUCGUUCACUGGGGACAAGAUGGGGGGAUUCCUUAUUCUGAUAGUAGGACUGCAGAUAAUGGAGGUGCCAGUGAUUUUAAGUUGCCGCCCCCUGCUAGUGGCAGCAAGCAGCUUGAGGCCAUGCUGCGACGGCAGUGGUUGUUCAAGAAGCGGGGUAUGAUACAGACAAUCAUGGAGCUUAUUAGUCCACUUUUGAUGAUCUCACUUUUAGUUUUGGGAUGGGCGAGGAGCACGCCAGAUCAUUAUGAUUCUGCUGUCUUCGCCAAUGCUUCUCUACCUGAAUUUAAUAAGUUCACGGAUACGUUCAUGGAUACCCGAAAUUUCAUCCACAAUUGUCCUCCGGCUAUGCUUGUUAAGCAGAAUUUGUCUCUGAAAGAGCUGCAAUUGCUUGCCAGAUUAAUGACACAGCAACUUCAAGCAAAUGGUGGGCAAGCAAUCAAUUUCAAUUUGACUGCGGCUAACGCAACUCUAUUCGAUGAUUUAAUGCGAGCACAAAAUCAGGGAGAUCCAAACGAACUUGCUGCAGUCACUCCAGAGCUACUUCUUCUUGCCCUGAAGUGCGUAGACACAGCUCAAGAGAUCAUUAGUGCCCUUGAUCUGAUAGACCAGUACAACGGACCUCUGCCGGUACCUUCUUUCGAUACAUAUGUAGCAGCUCACAAGCUCAUAAAAGCGGCUCUAGAUUCACAACAAGGAAAAUUCGACGAUGUGGUGGCCCUUCAGAAGAGAUUUGGAAACGUUCUUGGAAAUCUUCUACAGCUAGGACAAGUCACAUUCACGCCGAACACGCCUCAAGUUGCCGAUCUUGUAGAUUACAUGUCCACUAACUAUCAAUUUUUCAACGAGGUUUAUGGAGGAACUUUUCCAACUGAGAAGGAUGCUCUAGAUUGGGCUCUUAGAGGGUCCAAAGAACCACUAUGGGCGAUCAUAGUCGUGAAACAUCUCGACAUUGCAGAUGGGAAAGUGGACUACACAAUUCGUAUGAAUUAUACCACUGUCCCUCGUACUUGGCGUACCGUACAUAAGCGUAGACGUGGCAUGAUUGAUAAAUAUAAGGACUACUACACUUCCGGGUUUCUUAGUCUUCAGAAUGCGGUCAAUUCUUAUGUAUUUAAGAAUCUCACGAUUCAACAGCCAGGAGUGCUAGUAGAUGAAACUGUGUGGGGUGCACCCUUUCCAGUUGGAGAAUAUACCCACAACCGUUUUUAUGAUGUGGUUGGACCGCUGAUGGGACUGGUUAUGUGUUUGUCCACGUUGUAUCCGCUGGCUAUGCUCGUCAAGGCCCUUGUGGAGGAGAAAGAAACUAGGGCAAAAGAGACUAUGCGCAUUAUGGGAUUGAAACCUUGGGUUUUUAAUCUGUCAUGGCUCUCCACGUACUUGGUUACUUUUUUCCUGAUAUCGGUUUCUGUGAGCGUUGUUCUCAAACUCACGUAUUUCCCCAAGAGUGACAUAGGCGUCGUCUUUACUCUCUUUUAUCUCUUCACAGCUUCACUUAUACCCUUCGGUUUCUUCCUAUCCGUUUUCUUUUCGAAGUCCAAGCUAGCAGCAAUUGUAGCUCCGUUUGUGCACUUUGCAGCCAUUAUGCCUCGUUAUAUAUUUUUCCGCUCUAACAGCAGUCAGGCUAUUGCUGGAAAGACAGCUACAGCACUGCUUCCUUCCACUGCUUUUACUUUCGGAGUUGAUCUUCUUGGCCAGUUUGAAGGCGAGAAUCUUGGUUUGACAUGGUCUAAUCUGUGGGAUGAUGAGUUUUCAAUGGCUUGGAUAUUUGUUCUUCUAGCUACAGACUUUAUACUUUACGGGGCUCUUGCUUGGUACCUGGAGCAAAUUUUGCCAUCAGAAUACGGAGGAAGAUUGAAACCUUGGUUUUUGUUUACUCCUCGUUAUUGGUUUGGGGAUAAGACUUACAGGCUAUCAGCCGAAUAUGAGAUGUUGGGUACAGACUCUGACAAACUAUCAUGGGAUGAUCAAGUUGAACCCAUGGUCGGAGAGGAUCAUCGUCCAGCAGUGCAAGUCAAUAACCUAAGGAAGGUGUUUCACGGUGGGAAGGUUGCCGUAGAUGGUCUGAGUCUUACGAUAUACGAAGACCAGAUAACUGCCUUGCUGGGGCACAACGGUGCUGGUAAAUCCACCACAAUAUCUAUGCUGACAGGACUUACUAGACCGACCUCCGGAGAUGCCGAAAUUUGGGGCCACAGUAUUCACAAAGAUCUGAGUUCCAUCAGGAGGACAAUUGGUGUCUGCCCUCAACAGAAUGUUCUCUUUGGUGUGUUGACUGUAAGAGAACAUCUGGAGCUCUUUGCUGCUCUGAAGGGGAUCCCCGAAAAACUCAUUACCGAGGAAGUCGAAGACAUGGUGGAGAGACUUGGUUUGACUGACAAGAUGGACGCUCGUUCGGCUAGUCUUUCAGGUGGAAUGAAACGCAAAUUGCAGGUUGCGAUCGCCAUGAUUGGAGGUUCCAAGGUUGUGUUUCUAGACGAGCCAACUUCUGGAAUGGACCCACAUGCAAGAAGAGGCAUGUGGGAUUUGCUUCGAACAUUCAAGCAAGGACGUGCGAUUGUUCUUACCACCCACUACAUGGAUGAAGCGGAUCUUUUAUGUGACCGUAUUGCCAUUAUGAGCGAGGGACGUCUUCGUUGUUGUGGAAGUAGCCUCUACUUAAAGGCGAAAUUUGGCGUUGGCUACAAUUUAACCAUGACAAAGCUCAAUCAAACCUGCAACGAGAAGGCGGUACAAGAUCUAAUACAGGAACAUGUUCCUCAAGCAGUUCCUUUGAGUAGUGCUGGUGGAGAGAUGGCGUUUCAGUUACCUGUAGCAAAUAAAGCAGCCUUCUCGAAUCUAUUUUUGGAACUUGAACAACAUAAGAGCGCGCUGCAGAUAGGUGGUUAUGGUGUCUCUAUGACAACUCUGGAAGAGGUGUUCAUCAAAUUAGCUAAUGAGAAUAGUGACUUCUUCGGGCCUGGAGGAAAGCCUGCUCAAGUUUUAGGACCAGAAACUUUAAACCUGAACUUAAACGGUCACGGGAAAAAUGAAGACAAUAACUUUUUGGCAUUGGAUGUCGAGAAUAAGCAAGUGGAUUUCGCAAGCAAUGGGAGGACCACCGCUUCAAAUGAGGGAGAUCCAGCGUCAAACCACUCAGCAGGAGGUUUUAUGAAAAAGCAGAAAUGCAGCUUUUAUUAUGCAUGGUUACAGUUGGUCAAAAAGCGGGCAAUAAUAGCAAGAAGAGAUGUCAAGGGUCUUCUCAACACUAUUUUACUCCCAGUUGCUGUUAUAGCCUUCGUGAUGUUGAUAUUGAAGCUGAAUAUUGAUCCCUCUGGUCCUAAACUGGCUUUGCAAUUCGAUAUGUACAAAGGGACGUUUCGAAGUCUUGGUCUACCUUAUAUACUGGACUUACCUGUCGCCGGUGUUCCCGUAAGUUCUUUACCGGUUAUAGGUAGAGAAGGUCACGUGAGGCUUGACGGUCGACAAGACGUGCAGGACAGCAUCGAGAUGAGUGAGCUUCUCUUGCGCACAAUAAGUGAUCCACCGAGAUUUGGUGCGCUUAUAUUCAACGACACCUUGCUGCCUCAGUACAACACAUCCGGCGUUCGUAAUGUGAAUCUGACAGAUAUAAAAACUCUGUAUCCCAAUUCGACUUUUGCCGAUACUCUUCCUGAUGGUAUGGUCGGGGACUUUCGAGUUAUGCAAACACCUUCUGGACGUGGACUUUGGUCAGGUUUGACCCUCCUGCACAAUACUUCGUCUGAACACGCCAUGCCAACCCUCAUUCAGGAGCUUGCUCAAGCAAGACUACGGGAAGCACUAAAUCUUUCCACAGCCAGCAUGAAGUUAUCGAACUCACCUCUACCCCUUACAAAGAACGAGGCUCUCCGAAUUCAGGUCAUGUUGACAGUGCUAGCGGCAUUGUUUAUCCUCAUCCCAUUUUGCUAUCUUGCUGCAAGCUUUGCAGUGUUUGUAGUGCGCGAAAGGGUGGUGAAGGCGAAACUCUUACAGAUGUUGAGCGGAGCAAACACCUAUUCUUACUGGACUGCGACAUAUUGCUGGGACAUUCUGAACUACAUUGCAAUUGUGGGGAUCACUAUGCUCGUAUUCGUGCUCUAUAGAGACCAAGCAUUUAUCGGAUCGUGGACCAAAGCUGGGGCUGUUUUCGUGCUUCUCAUAUCUUUCGGACUCUCUGUUUUGCCGUUGUCGUAUUGCUACUCUUUCGCUUUCACCAGUCAUGCAAAUGCACAGGUUGCCAUUGCUGGAAUACAUUUUGUGACAGGCUUUGUUACGCUCGUUGCUAGCACAGUGAUGGGUGCUCUUCCUGAGACUAAGGAGUUGAACAGAUAUCUUGUACAAAUUUUUCAGCUGUUUCCUCCUUACAAUUUAGGGAGAGGCCUUGUGACUCUGUCCGCCAUGGAUCUGCAAUCAACUUUCGUGCAUGGACAUCCUAAUCUUUAUAGGUGGGGCGUUCUUGGUCGCCCGAUCACGUUGAUGCUCAUGGAAGCCGUCGGCUACAUGCUUCUGACUCUCACUAUAGACAAUGACUGGUUGACCUCCAUUUGGAAAUUAUUGGUAAAAUUUUCACGGAAGAGAAAAUCGACAUCGUCUUCCUUGCACGCCGCUGCGGCCAAUGGAGACCUGUCGUCACCGGAAGACGAGGACGUGCACAGUGAAAGAGAGAGAGUUGAGAGUGGAAUGGCUCACGAAGAUGCUGUCACCAUUCGAAAACUCUGGAAAGUUUAUCCAGGCCAUGGCAACGAGCCAGCAAAGGUUGCUGUGAAGGAUCUCUGUCUUGGAAUCUCGUCCGGUGAAUGUUUCGGCUUUCUGGGUGUUAACGGGGCAGGAAAAACGACGACCCUCUCUAUUUUGAGUGGUGACAUCAAGCCUACGAGUGGAAAUGCCUUCAUCAAAGGUCAUUCAGUGGUCACAAACAUGCCGACCGUCCAAAAGUAUAUAGGUUACUGUCCGCAGUUUGACCCGUUGCUAGACUUGAUGACAGCCAGGGAACAUCUGGACAUGUAUGCACGACUUAAAGGGGUACCGGAUAUCAGAGUGAAGUCAACGGUGGAUGAAGUUUUAGAAGCAGCUGGACUGCAGAAGUAUGCAGAUCAGGUUUCUGGUGUUUACAGCGGCGGAAAUAAACGAAAACUGGCAUUGGCUAUUGCGCUGGUCGGAGAUCCUGCCGUAGUUUUUCUCGAUGAACCCAGCAGCGGAAUGGAUCCAGUAGCACGAAGGUCCAUGUGGGAUCUAGUUCAAGACGCUGUGAACAAUCGUCAAGUGAGCAUGGUAUUGACUACACACAGCAUGGAAGAAUGUGAAGCUCUGUGUGGUCGCGUUGGAGUGAUGGUCUCGGGGAGGCUUAUGUGCCUCGGUUCCAUCCAGCACCUGAAGUCACGUUUUGGAAGUGGCUACAAUUUGGAGAUGCGAUGCAAAAGGCCAGAGGAUAUGCAACGACUUCAUGAGUUUAUCACUCGCUCUUUUCCUGGAUCUAAGCUCGAUGAACAACACAAUACAAGAGUUAAGUAUUGUAUUCCUUUGGAGGGCGUCUCGUUAUCGAAGGUUUUUGGAGUAAUAGAAGCAGAGAAGGAUCUUGUCGGAUUGGAGGACUAUAGUGUCAGUCAGAGCUCACUGGAACAGAUUUUCAUCUCUUUCGCAAAGGGGCGAGAUUCCGGUGACUCGCAAUAGUUCUAUACAGAGAACUACAAUUUUGCCUCGAAAUUGAUGAAGCUGCCUCGAUUCGUAUUUAGGAUCUAUAUUUUUGACCCUUAAGGACAACGUUCGCCCAAUUUCGUCCAGGCACAAGGGUCGGAGAUUCAAAUUCCCCAGUCGAAAAUUGUGGGGAAUUUGAACUUGGUGUACAAAAUAUCUUCUGAGUCUCUCUGUACAGUUAGUUGAGUUUCCCAGAUUGUACCAAUUCGUACCACUAGUGAUUUCCACAGUCCCCUGAAAAAGGAGGACUCGCGAUUUCCCAUUGCAUCCCAUUGUCUCAAAUGAUUUUGGACUCUAUUUCUUGCUGUUCUCUUUUUAGCUCGAAACUAUUGGCAAUUGUAUUGACGCAGAUUUUGGCCAUUGCAAUUAAGCGCACUGCCAGCCUAAUGGUUGUCACAUCUACAUAGAUAGCUACAUGGUUUGUAGAGGUUGGCGAUGAGACAAGACAUGUUUUCCUAUUGUACUUCAUAUCAAUCGUCUCAUCGAGAAAUAUCAGAUCAAAAUAUCUUCCAGUCGGUUGGCUGGUUGCAACCCCGUUUUGGCAGCGGCCUCAACCUCUCACUCACUCACAGCCACCCUCGAGUUGGGAUUUGUUGGAUUCUCUAGACCAUGGUUAACUUCAGACAUGCUUAUCAACAACAAUGGUACGCAAACCCCACACACCCCUUGAGCUAGUCUUGAGGCGGUUUGUUAACAACAUAAGGCUCUUUGUUACCAUCACACCAAACUAAAUUCCUUUUAAAGAGUCUCAUGAUCGGCAGUAUAUUAAAGUCAGAACAACCGAGCGAGCUCUGGGGGAAUGUACUCUCGACCGUGUAGUAGAGAAAGUAACCAGGCCCCUCCCUCCCUCGAAGCAUUACUGGAAAGCUAAAAUAUGAGCCAGGGCUUCGAAGAGCUUCCACUAUCCCACUGCGUCAGGCAGGACAGGACACUGAUGAUGCUAACGUCACAAAGAGCCCGGGGAUAGGAUGCAAGCAAGGGACAAAUUUGUGAGAAGGCGAAAAAGACAAAACGAAGCGUCCUUCCUGGUCCGAGUCAGCAGGUUCCGGAUCCCCUGGCAGCGUCUGGAUUCUGGUCGCGGGCCCUCGAGGAUAAAGCGGUUGUCUUCUAGUGGAAGCAUAGCGUCGUUCCGCAUUCCGU